GUUUAAUAUACGAUCUGGGAUCCUAUACCACUCACUCUAGUAGCAAACAAAUACAACUACUAUAAACAGUCAUAAUGUUGGAAUAUAUCUCACGUGUUGAAGAUUUCAUCAUGAAAUACCCCAGAGUAAACAGCCAGUCAUACAAUGGAAAAUGUAAACAAAGCACGUGUUGUUGAGGAAAACAACAUGACCGGAAGUAAAAAUAUCCUAGUUGCACCGGAACAGGUUAUUUUUGAAGAGGGUGGCUGUAUAAAAAGAAGAAGCCAUCUAGAGAAAUGUUUGUUUGUUUUCACGAUACUGUUUGUGCUGGUAUCUAUUGGUUUGCUGGCAGCUCUCAUUAUUACAUGGCGCUCUGGUGACAGGCGAGAUGUUUGUUUGACGGAAGACUGUGUUAAAACGGCUGCUAUGAUCAGUGAUUCUUUGGAUUAUUCUGUUGAACCUUGUGAUAACUUUUAUGACUUCGCCUGUGGUAAUUGGAGAAAGAAACAUAUUAUACCAGAAGAUAAAACCAGUUAUGGCAUAAUUGAUGAACUUUUUAAAACAGUCGAUAUAGCUCUUAAAAAUGUACUAGAGAAGAACAUUAUGUCAGGGGAACCUGAAGCUGUUACCAAGACGAAAACUCUCUACGCUUCCUGUAUGAACACUACCGCAAUCGAAAGUCGAGGAGUUCAACCACUAUUAACCUUUCUGGAAAAAUUUGGAGGAUGGCCUGUGGUGACUUCUGGCUGGAGAGAAUCAGAGUUUAAUUUUGUUGAUGCAAUGAGUACUAUAGCUCUAUACAAUAGUUUUAAAUGGGAUGUAUUACCAGUAUUUUCCACUGUGGUUAAGGCUGAUACAAAACAGUCUACACGAUACAUCAUCUAUAUAAACCAACCGUCUUUUGGAAUGCCAGGAAGGGACUACUAUCUUAAAGGGCGAAAUGAUACAAUGGUAAAGGCGUAUGAGGAUCUGGCGGUGAAAGUAGCUGUCGUGCUAGGAGCAACUCAAAACGAUGCCGCGAAACAGAUGAAAGAGAUGGUGGACUUUGAAGUGAAUUUAGCUAAUAUUUCAGUAUCAUUAGAAAAAAGAAGAAAUUUAACAGCGUUGUAUAAUAAAAUGAACAUUUCACAUCUACAGAGUAUAUAUCCCCAGUUUAAAUGGUUGAGAUACUUCCAGACAAUAUUCCAGACCAAAGGUGUUGAUAUAAUCAUAAAUGAUUCUCUGUCUAUCAUUAAUGAAGUUCCUGAAUAUUUCAGCAGUUUGUUCCAACUUUUAUCUUCAACACCAACACGAAUUCUAUCCAAUUACAUCGGGUGGAGAAUUACAAUGUCAUUUCUUACUGAUUUAACCAAUGAGUUAGACAACUUAAAUACUGAUUACAAGAAGAUAAUAUUUGGUACGAGUGUUUCUGUACCAAGAUGGCAAAAAUGUGCCGAGUACACUAAAAAUGGAUUGAAGAUGGCGGCAGGUAGAAUGUUUGUUGAUGAAACGUUUGAUAAAGCAGCAAAAGAUAAUAUAAUGGUGAUGAUAGAUAAUCUUAGAGCUGUUUUCAAAGAACAACUUGAAUCUAAUACAUGGAUGGAUGAAGAGACAAGACAAGUAGCAAGGAAAAAGGUCGAUGCUAUUGGUGAAAAUGUUGGGUACCCCGAUGAAAUAUUAGAUAAUAAUUACUUAAAUAAUUUAUAUAAUAACUAUGAAUAUGGAAACAACUAUUUUGAAAAUAUUUUGAAAACGGAAUAUGAACUGUUUAAAUAUUCUUUUCAGUCGACAGUAUGA